AUGAAGCUCAUCAGUGUGAUUUCUCUCUCCCUCAUCGGCCUCGCCGUUGCUAUGCCUGGCAUCGAAAAGCGCUGUUUGAAAGAGGGAACCGCGUGUUCUGUGGACAGCGACUGCUGCGAUAAUAUGGGCUGUGCCCAGGUCGAUGAUGAUAAGCUAUGCAUGAGCAUUAGCAAAUAA